UUAUACUUAAGCGACAGUGGUCACAUAAUACAAGUACCAGAAGUUUAUUUAAAACGACAUUCAAACGAAAAUGGAUGGAAUGUCUGAUUUCAAUUAUGACUUUGAUGACAUUUUGAAAGUGCAUAAUACCUCGACUGUUCUAAAUUAUGAAGUAAAUGAGACUUUUAGUGACAAUUCAGAUCAUUUGUUCAUAAUUAUUGAAAGUUGGUUAUACGUAUUAAUAUCAAUGAUUGGAAUUUUCGGAAAUAUCGUAACUUGCCUCGUAGUAUUCAAAAAGCGUCGGUUGCAGACACCUAUCUACACGUUUAUUGGCACAUUGGCAGUCGUUGAUUUGGUGUUUGCCUCGGUAUUCACUAUUGUCCACCCAAUAACACUCAACAUUGGAUGGAUUUUUGGAAAAUUCGCGUGUUCGCUCGUUGUUUUUGUUGACGCAUUUCACCAAUUUUAUUCAGUUAUUCUAAUAACAGUAGCAGCUUGGCUGUCAUUAUGCCAGGAAAUACAUUUGAAAAUGGCAUUCAUCGUCAAUUGCAUCAUCGCAGUUUGUGCAACAUUGUGGUCAUUGUUCGCAUCUGUGUUUUCUCAGUUAUUUACCGACGACACCGGUAUUCAAUAUUGUCAUGUUCGUUUUGAUGUCUUACGUCACCUAAUUAUUUUAAUAAUUCAUACUGCACUACCAUUAAUGGUUAUUGUUACCAGUUGUUUUGUAAGGAGAAGUCACUCUUCGACUGUUCGGUUAUUUAUUUUGAUUAUGAUAAUUAACAUUUUACUGACCAGUCCUGCCUUGGUGAUACUAACAUUUGUUCGUUUUUCGCCACCCUUAUAUAUGGUGAUGAGUUUAGUAUCGCAUUUGACAAUAGCUUACAAGCCUCUCGUUUACUACGUCAUGGAUCUCAAUUUUAAGGAAGAAUCCUUGAGUGUAAUUUUUCGAUGCUUCAGAAGACAGCAGCACCGUGAAGAGUAUAAUAUAGAAUUCGCCAGCGUUUAGGUCGUUAGUGUAACAUUUGCAGGUAUAUUUGUGUAUAUA